CAUGCCAGCAGACAACUCAAGUUUGAAGCUCCUUCCCCAACUUUUAUCCGCUCCUUACUUACUCACUCCGCCUCCUACGGACUUUAUUUCGCCACCCGUUCCAAUUCGUCACUUGGCGUUAUGUUCUAGGGCUAGGCUAGGUCAGGGUGAGAGGGACACCCGGAGGUCUGACAGCCAGAGAAAGGAACUGAGAAGAGUUCUUCUGGGUUCUCUCAGACUGCUCCGCUUUUAUUGGAAUAUAAUUUUUUGGGGGGGUCCAGGGUGUGUUUUUUCUUUCCUCACAAUGGGAGACGUCAUAUCGAGCCACUUGGAUGAGGGCAAGCGGGAGAUCAUCACAGCCCGUACAGGGGAGGUGAUGGGCCAGUUCGACGCUCUCUAUGAACAGCAGUACAGCGUGGCGCUCUUCAACAAGGUGCGCUUCGACGUCGAGGGAGGGGGCGGACCUCAGCCUCAGCUGCUCCACCGCAAGGUUCCUCUGGAGAACCGGUGUAUCUUCUCCGGGGCGUUGUUCCAGUACCUGGAGGAGAACAGGAAGUGGAGGAACCGUUUCCUCUUCAUCCCAGACUCCUACAGCAUCAACUACUAUGACAGCAAGGCGUCCCAUGACCGAGGCCUGCAACCCAAGGGGACCCUGAGCUGUGCGGGAUACAAAGUGCUGACCUCCAUGGAGCAGUACCUGGAGCUGGUGGCCAACAGCCUACCAGGCGUGAAGGCCAAAGUGGGGAGCGCUCCCUUCCUGAAGGUGGCGACCCAGUUCCCCCUGAUCCUUUGGCAUCCAUACGGACGCCACCUCUACUUCUGCGUGGGGACGGAGAAGGAACAGGACAAGUGGCUCGCCGUCUUCCAGGACUGUGUACGACACGCCAACGAUGGUUUGUCAGAGGAGAGCAGGGUUCAGACCCCAGCCUUCACAGACUCUGUGCGUCUCUUCCGGCAGGCCAAGGGCCAGUACGGUACCUGGGAUAUGAUGUGUGGCGGGCACCCGCAGAUCCUUUCCAACCUGGUGAUGGAGAUCCUGCUCCCAGAGAUCAGGGACCUCAUCUCCCCGCGCCUCAAAGGGAAGAUGCACGAGAGGCAGCGCAACUGGAUGUUGAUCAGUGACGCGGUGUACAGCCUGGUGCAGCGGCAGUGUGAGGCGCAGUUCCGUGCGCUGGAGCAGCGUUGCGAGGCGGGGCGCCCCCUGUUGGAGGCCUCCAUCCGCACAGACAUGGACCAGAUCAUCACCUCAAAGGAGCACGUCACCAACAAGAUCAGAGGCGUGGUGCUGUCCAAGGCGGACAAGCUGCUGAAGGUGAGCAUCCAGCCCUACAUCAGCUCCAUCCUGGAGGCGCUGAUGGAACCUACCAGCAGAGGCUUCUCGGAGGUCCGGGACGUCUUCUUCCGGGAGCUGGUGGACAUGAGCAAGAACGCCGUCAAUGAGGGCACCAAGGAGACGGUGGCAGAGCACAUGGACAAGAUCUCCAUGCUGGCGUUCCACCCGGUGAAGAUGCAGAGCUGCUACGAGCAGGUGGAGCGGCUCAGUCUGGACGGCCUGCAGCAGCGCUUUGACGUCUCCAGCCCCUCCGUGUUCGUCCAGAGAGCCCAGAUCCUCAUGAGAGAGCAAAUGGAUGAUGCUGUGUAUACGUUUGAGCAGAUUCUUCACCAGAGUCUGGAGGCUCAAGGUACAGAGGGUCUCUGUAAGACCAUCCAGCGCUGCCAGGACCGCGUAAUCAAGAAGUUUGACUACGACAGCAGCACGGUGAGGAAGAGGUUCUUCAGAGAAGCUUUGCUCCAGAUCUUCAUCCCCUACAUGUUGAAGCAGCUCACGCCAUCCUGUUCCUCCGACCUGCCGCGCUUCCAGGAGCUGAUCUUCGAGGACUUCACGCGCUUCAUCCUGGUGGACAGCAUCUUCGAGGAGGUGGUGCUGCACUCCGUCAUGAAGGACAUCAUGACCGCUGUGAAGGACGCAGCGGUCCAGCGCAGACACAACCUGUACCGGGACAGCAUCGUGCUGACCAGCAGCGACCCCAACCUGCACCUGCUGGGGGACAACCCCUCCAUCGACUGGGCCGAGGAGUACGGGGCCCGCGAGGAGGAGCGGGAGGAGGGCGGAGCGGACGCUGCCGACGACGACGGAGCGGAGGCCCCGAAGAAGAGGGGGAGGAUGAAGCAGGUGGUCUCCAUGAUCCAGGUGGAGGGCUCCCCCACACUGGCCAACGCGUCCUGCCUGGACGUGCCGGGGGUGGACGGAAUACCAGAGGAGGAGGAGGAGGAGGAGGAGGAGGGAGAUGACGAGGAACAGAAGGAGGAGGUGGUGGACGAGGAAAAGGAUAAAGAGGGCGGGGUUCCUGCCGGGUCACCAAACAGCGGCUGCAACGGCGUCGCCGGGGGUCCGGCAGAUCCGGGCGCCCCCCCCCGCCGCUCCGACCGGCGGCGGCCCCUCCGAGGAGACCGGCAGCGAGGAGGUCGUUCAGAAGGAGGCGCCCCCCCCCGCCGCCGGGGGGGAGGAGCAGCCGUCUGCCCCCCCGGCCCAGAGUGGGGCGCCACCCGCCCUCACAGCAGGCGUCCCGGCGGCGGCGGUGGAGGGGGAGGAGAACGCCGAGGUGGCGCCCGCCGCCGCCGCCGACGACGCCGCACAGGAGCCGGCCGACGUCGAGAUCGUCAAGGAAACGGUCGAGGCGGCGCCCGUCCCCAAGGCGCCGCAGGAGAGUUCGGAGGAGCCGCCGCCGCCGCCUCCCCCGGCACCGGUGACCGCCGCCCCAGUGUGUGUCCAGGACACGCCCCCCUCGAGCCCCAAGCCGACGCCCCCCGAGGCCGCCCCCCCGUCGACGGACCCGGAGCCUGCGACCACCGCCUCCCUCCCACCCCCGCCGGCGGCUGACGGCAAGGAGGCGGAGGACGAGAAGGUGGCUCCUCCCCCCGAACAACCGGACGCGACGACGACGGCGGCGGCGGCGGCGGCAUCACCAGCCCCCCCGCCGCCGGCGGACUGCGAGGAGGACAAGAGG